AUCCACCACCGCUUUUGCAGGUCGGCCCUUAGGUUGAUUGGCACAUAAAUAUCUCUCCGAUAUUAUCAUGUCUUUUUCAGCUGUCUCAAGUCUUCCCCCAGGAGGACCCACUUCAGGGCCCUCUUCAGAUGCAUUGUAUAGGGAAUUAUGGCAUGCCUGUGCUGGACCGCUUGUCACCCUUCCUCGCCAAGAUGAACGAGUAUACUACUUUCCACAGGGUCACAUGGAACAGCUGGAAGCAUCAAUGCAUCAAGGAUUAGAGCAACAAAUGCCUUCGUUCAACCUACCAUCAAAAAUACUUUGUAAAGUUGUCAAUGUUGUUCUUCGGGCGGAACCUGACACAGAUGAAGUGUAUGCUCAGAUAACUCUGUUACCGGAAAGCAAUCAAAGUGAAGUAACAAGCCCAGAUCCUGCCCUUCCUGAGCCUACAAGAUGUAAUGUCCACUCAUUUUGCAAGACGCUCACUGCUUCUGACACUAGCACUCAUGGUGGCUUCUCUGUUCUUAGGAGGCAUGCGGAUGACUGCCUUCCACCUCUGGAUAUGUCUCAGCAGCCACCGUGGCAAGAAUUGGUUGCGAGUGACUUACAUGGGAAUCAGUGGCAUUUUCGGCACAUUUUCAGAGGUCAACCAAGGCGUCAUUUACUAACAACUGGGUGGAGCGUCUUCGUUAGUUCCAAAAAACUAGUAGCUGGAGAUGCUUUUAUCUUUUUAAGAGGUGAAAAUGGAGAGCUUCGUGUUGGGGUGAGAAGACUCAUGAGACAGCUAAAUAAUAUGCCAUCUUCUGUUAUAUCCAGUCACAGCAUGCAUCUCGGAGUUCUAGCUACUGCUUCUCAUGCUGUUUCAACUGGAACACUCUUUUCUGUUUUUUAUAAGCCACGAACAAGCAGGUCUACAUUUCUUGUGAGUCUAAACAAGUACCUUGAAGCUCAAAACCAUAAACUCUCUGUUGGGAUGAGGUUCAAGAUGAGGUUUGAAGGCGAGGAGGUUCCUGAAAGAAGUUUUAGUGGAACAAUUGUUGGUCUUGGAGAUAAUGCAUCGCCUGGAUGGGCUAAUUCUGACUGGCGAUCUCUAAAGGUGCAAUGGGAUGAGCCUUCAUCUAUUCUGCGUCCAGAUAGGGUGUCUUCCUGGGAAUUGGAGCCACUUGUUGCAUCUAGCCCUCUAAGCUCUCUGCCUGCACAGAGGAACAAGCGUCCACGACCAGCUGUUUUGCCUUCCCCUUCCGCAGAUGCAGCUGUACUCGGUGGGUGGAAACCUACGGUUGAAUCUUCUGCUUUUUCAUAUACCGAGCCGCAGCGGGGAAGGGACCUAUAUUCUUCACCAAAGUUCAGUACUGCUGCUUCAAAUUCACUUGGUUUUAAUGGGAAUAAUUCUCUUGGCGCUGUGUCCAGCAACGCCUACUGGUCUAAUACCAGUAUGGUGGAAAAUGUUAUGGACACUUCAUCUCAUGGAGCAAAAAGAGAACCCGUUGAAAAGAAACAGAACACUAGGAACGGAUGCAGGCUCUUUGGGUUCCAGCUUCUUGGAAACUCCAAUGUAGAGGAAGCUUCUCCAGUUUCAACACCAAAAAUGGUGGGCGAGGAUAGGCCAGUUCCACCUAUAGAUACAGCAUUUGACCAGCAUUUUGACCCAUCGAACAUUCACCGAUCAGAUAUGCCUUCAGUAAGCUGUGAUGCUGAUAAAUCAUGCCUGAUUUCCCCUCUAGAGUCUCAAAGCAGACAAAUCCGCAGCUGCACAAAGGUUCAAAUGCAAGGAAUUGCUGUUGGGAGGGCCGUAGAUUUAACACGGUUCAAUCAAUAUGAUGAUCUACUUAGGAAACUGGAGGAGAUGUUUGACAUAGAGGGUGAGCUUUGUGGCUCGGUAAAGAAAUGGAAGGUUGUUUACACCGAUGAUGAAGAUGAUAUGAUGAUGGUUGGAGAUGAUCCUUGGAACGAGUUCUGCAGCAUGGUAAGGAAGAUAUUCAUCUACACGACAGAAGAAGUGAAGAGACUGUCGCCCAAGAUAAAACUCCCACUCAGUGGAGAGAUGAAGCUCAGCAAGCCAGAUUCUGAUAUGGUUGCCAACCAUACGGAGGAUCAAUCGUCCAUCAGCGGAUCAGAUUGCUGAUGGAGACGUAUCCUUUGUCAUAUGGUUGUUGGCAGAGGAGAAAGAAAAUGUGGAAUGUUCACCAGAGGAGUGGGAAAGUGGAAGAAGAAAUGGUUUAUAUUGUGGUAAGAUUUUAUCGGUAGGUAUCGUUUGUGCAUGGGUUGGCUGCUUUCUUUUGACUGCCAGUGGAGUGGGAUCUGGAACGAAGUGUUGUUAUAUUUGCACUUAGAAGUACCAAAGAUUCCGGCAACGAAAAGCUAGCUGCAGGUGCUGCUACAUAUAUGAGGGGUGGGCUGGUAACUGGUGAAGGCUUUCUAAGCUUAUCAAAAGAGUGAGGAAAUGAAUAUGUUAAUUGGGUUGUUUGGACUUGGAAAUGAAAUAUGGGUUAGAAGAAAAUACUGACCCAGUGUUUUAAGAUGUUGAAAUUAAUAUUUUUACGUAAUAAGGUUCAGUUCAGUUCGGUUAUUUUUCGGGGCUUUUCUGUCCCCUGAUUAUAAAACCGUGCAAGUCAGGUCCAGCUUGCCUUUUUGUACAUAUGAAUUAGGAUGCUGUGUUUUUUCACCAUCUUGAUUGCAGGAGUCUCUUUUUGUAUGGGUUGUCAAUGACAAUUAGGGAGGAAGAAGCCCAAACAUCUUCCACCCUUCUAAUGUAAAUGUAAUAUUUAUGAUUAUGUAUUGAUUUGGAUUUUGGAGGUUCUACUGCUGCCUCCUCCUCAGGCAGUAUAUGAUCCUUUGUUUAAUUCUGAA